AUGGUUAACUGUAGAGACGUCUAGUCCGUUAUAUAAACUAGCUCCUCUUGUAGACGAUAAAGGGAUGGUGCGUAUGGAAGGCAGGACGAAAAACGCAGAAUUUCUGCCCUUCGAUCUUCGUUUUCCGAUUAUUUUACCAAAGGAGCAUCCUCUGACAGCGAAGCUUGUGCAACACUAUCAUGAGAAAUUUGGUCACGGAUAUCGGGAAACUGUAAAGAAUGAACUAAAACAGCGCUUCUAUGUUCACGGUAUUGGAGGAGUCGUUCAAAAGGUGGCGAAGGCUUGUGUUUGGUGUCGAGUUAAUCGUAGUCGUCCACAUACUCCAAGGAUGGCGCCUUUACCUAUCCAACGGCUAAUCCCAUAUCAACGUCCAUUCAGCUACGUCGGUGUAGACUAUUUAGGUCCAUUCGAAGUGGUGGUAGGUCGCCGUAAGGAAAAACGCUGGAUUGUGUUGUUUACUUGCCUGGUGAUACGGGCAAUCCAUUUGGAGGUGGCCUGCAGCCUCACCACGCAAGCAUGUUUGAUGGCUAUUCGAAGAUUUGUUUGUCGUCGAGGGCCGCCUUUGGAGUUCAUCUCCGAUAAUGGAACUAAUUUUAGAGGUGCGAGCAGAGAGCUUGAGGAGAUGGUCAGAAACAUUAGUGAGGAGUGUGCCAACGAAUUUACCAGCGCUCGUGUAAAGUGGAGUUUUAAUCCUCCAGCCGCUCCACACAUGGGGGGCGUUUGGGAGAGACUGGUUCGAUCGGUAAAAGAAGCGUUGGAGGUGAUGGAUGAUGGAAGGAAACUGACCGAUGAAAUCCUUCUUACAUCAAUGAACGAAGCGGAGGAUAUGAUUAAUUCGCGGCCGCUAACGUAUGUAUCGCUGGCAAAUGAUGCUGAGAUGUUAACACCAAACCAUUUUCUUCGGGGAGUGUCCCCGAAUGAACCUCAACUAACUCCUCCUCCUCCUCAUUCGGCAGAAGCGCUGCGGAAUGCUUAUCAGCGAUCGCAGCAGCUGGCAACACAGCUGUGGAAUCGCUGGAUUAAGGAAUAUCUGCCGACCCUUAAUCAACGAACGAAGUGGUUCAAUGAGACGAAACAGUUGGAAGUCGGAGAUCUUGUUUACGUCGUUGAAGGAGAUAAACGGAAGCAAUGGGUACGUGGAGUCGUCGAGGAACUUAUUGGGUCUAGCGACGGACGAAUACGGCAAGCUUGGAUUCGUACGAGAUCGGGAACGUAUAAACGGGCUACGGCUAAGUUGGCUGUACUGGAGAUAAGAGACAGUAACACUGAUCCGGAUGCGGUCAUCGAACCAGGAUUACGGGCCGGGGAAAUGUUGUGAACAGCCCCACUGGGUUGUUGGCCACUACAGCCAUAACGAUGCGUCUUGCAACACGCCAGUAAACAGACUCAGGCUAAUCUGUCAUAACUGGCACCUAGGCGAAGGAAGAAAAUAAAAACAAAGGAGAUAAAAGAUUUAAAGCGAUAGUAGCGAAAGGAUAGUGAAUUUAAUGAAUUUGGAUCAAAAGGAUAGUGAGUUUAAAUCAAAAGGAUAGUGAAGGUUUAAGUGGUUCAAUAGUGUAAGGAGUUAAUACGGUUAAAAUCAAAUAAGUAGUUAUUACAGAUAAAACCUAACCUAGUAAUCCAGUGAAUUGAUAUUGCUACUGAUACUUCGAAGCAAGCAGUUAGUACGGUUAGAAGUCACAGGUACGGCGAAUUAUAUAUAAAACUAAUGUGGCUAAAACUUAACCUAUUAUCACAGAUAGCUAUCACAGACAAGUCAGACUCUGUAGUAAUCUGUUACUGAAGGAAAAUAAGUGGAACACCAAGUAAUGUAAGUGCAAAUUAGUAUA